UCAUAUUAAAAAGAGAGGGAGGAAGGCAAGAUAUAUUUGUAGUGCUGCUCUUAUCCACAAGUGCAACAGAACAUAGAGAUGAGCAGGCUUAGUGUUGGUGUAUGCCGCCCAUCGGUGAACGUCCUAUUUCCUAUUGGCAAUGAAAAGGCCUUUUGCUCUAUUUGGGAUUCGAGAAGAAAGGCGCAUUUGAGAAGAAAGACGAUCAUACAGUGCUGCUCAGCAGAUUUCAGGGUCCUCACUUCUGUCACAAGUAACUAUAAUAACAUUGUAAUCCUCGACACUCCACAAUCACGAGUCCUGCUUCUCGACUCUUCCAAUAAUGUGCAUAGCAUCCUUCACAAGGGAACCAACUGGACUGAUGCAUAUUGGGAUGAGUUUGCCACCUUGCCGCCCAUUGUUCCAAAGGGUCCCCUCGCAAUCUUUGGCUUGGGGGGUGCAACUGCUGCACAUUUGAUGCUUGAACUAUGGCCGUCUUUGCUGCUUGUUGGAUGGGAAAUAGACGAAAUUUUGAUUGAAAAAGCAAGAGAAUAUCUUGGGCUCUCUGAUCUGGAGAAGCAUACUCAAGGUGGAGGUGUGUUGGAAGUUCAUAUUGGAGAUGUACUUUCUUCAUCUGUUACUAUUCCUGGAGGUUAUGCAGGUAUAAUAGUUGAUUUGUUUUCUGAUGGAAAGGUUUUGCCACAACUGCAAGAGGUUACAACUUGGUUGGAGAUGAAUAAGAUGUUGAUGCCCAAUGGUCGACUCAUGGUGAAUUGUGGUGCUGCUACCAAAGAAUUGUCUAAUACUUCUGAAAUGAUGCAACCAGAUAUUUCCAAAAGGGAUGACCCUAGGGAACUAAACACAACUAUCAAUGCAUUAUGCAAGGCAUUUCCUGAGCAAGUAGGCUGGAAAAAGCUGCCAAAGAUAGCAGGAGAAAAUUAUCUUGCACUGACAGGACCAUUACCAGAUUUGGAUAUUUGGUCUGCUCAUCUCCCAGAUCAAUUAAGCUCAAGUGUCAAAGAAUGGAGAAGUUGCACGCCUUCGCCUUCGUAAAUGUGACAUUGGGACUUGGUUAAGAUGUAAAUUCCACAUGCCAAACCAUGCAGAAAAGGUAAUUUGUGCCAAUAGAAAAGGUCCUUUGCAGAUCUCUACAUCUCCCUGCUAAGGAGUUCUUCCUUUCUAGGUCUUAAAUUUCGGGCAAGUGAUUGUUUUAUCAGAAGGAAAACAGGGAGAUGCAACCUUUAUAGAUUGACCCACAGGCAACCAUCAGGCACUACCUGGUCACCCUUUAUCCAUCUGAUAGCGGCCUGUUUCUAUCUUGAUUUGCAGUAAUUUCCAAUCUCUUCAGUUCUCCCUGCUGCAUAUUAAACGUGAUGAAUAUCACUCAGUCUGAACUCUGCUUAAGUUAGGAUUCUACUUUGAGUUGUUACUAUGUCAUCACCAAUCGUGGAAAAAGGUGAUGGUUUAAAACAAAUCAGCAUGCUGUAUUGAACCCCCUUUCAGGUUAGAUCAUUUAUCUAUUUAUUUCAGCAAUGAUGAUGAUAAUGUAUGCUGGAAUGCAGUUGAAACAUAUGAUUAUCUCAUCUAAAAGUUUAAGUUAUUAGAGAAUUA